UCCUUUUAACCUUGUUUCUCCACCCCGUGUUCGUGUUUGUGUUCUUCAUUUUGUCUCCACAAACAACCUCCAUAGUGAACCUCUGCAAAAUCUCGUAACCACACAUCAUGAACCUCCACGAAAUUGCCCCACCUCAAAACCACUAUGAAUCCCUUAUUAUUCGUUGUCUUUCCUCCCUUUUGCAACCUCCAUCAUACCUGCAAACAGACCCAAAACCCAAACAACAACAAAUUAGAUUCAAAUUAAUUUGAAACCCUCAAAACAGAAAACACAACUUUGUCAUCAUGAUUUUGGUUCGGAAAGUGAUGGCCGCCAUGCACCCAUCAAGCAAGACCGUCAUGCGCUGGUUUCCAUCGUCGACAUAUGGCAAAUGGCAGCCACCAUCGACGUUGUGCCCACACCUACCAUGAACUGCCAUUAAAACGAGGAGAGAGAAAUCAUUUUCAUGUUUGGAUAUGGUUUCAUUUUGUAAAGAUUUAGUUUCAAUUUGUGCAUAUUUGGUUUCGUUUUGUGCAUAUUUGAUUUCAUUUUGUACAGAUCUAGUUUCAUUUUUUGCGGAUUUGGUUUCCUUUUUUGUGGAUCUGAUUUUUUUUUUUCCGUUAAAAGUGAUUCUUUACCAUCUUGAGAUCAACAGGGUUCAAACAUUAGGAGACCCUCCUUCGAUCUCUAGCGGGCAAUGAUUGACCUCAAUUUUGUGGUUGAACGUAGCCAAUUUUAUCGCUUGAGAAUCGAUGUUGGCGAUGGAAUGGAGAUCAACGUGGCUUUCGAUGGUGGCAUGUCCCUUGAAGGGAAGAAGACCCAACUUGGGGUGUGUAGAAACAUGCUUAAAAGGGGCAAUCAUGAGUGACGAAGGAGAAAGGACUUGUCCUCUCUGUGCUGAAGAGAUGGAUUUGACAGAUCAGCAGUUGAAACCAUGCAAAUGUGGUUAUCAGAUAUGUGUCUGGUGUUGGCAUCACAUACUGGAAAUGGCUGAGAAGGAUGACACAGAGGGACGAUGCCCUGCAUGUCGUUCUCCAUAUGAUAAGGAAAAGAUUGUUGGGAUGGCUGCAAACUGUGAGAGAUUGGUGGCUGAAGUUCAUAUGGAAAAAAAGGUGAAGAACCAGAAAGCAAAGUCAAAAUCUUCUGAAGCACGGAAGCAGCUCAGUAGUGUGCGAGUAAUUCAGCGGAAUCUGGUUUACAUAGUGGGAUUGCCUCUCAAUCUGGCAGACGAAGAUUUCCUCCAGCAGCGAGAAUAUUUUGGUCAGUAUGGAAAGGUCUUAAAAGUGUCAAUGUCUCGGACUACAGCUGGUGUUGUUCAGCAGUUUCCAAACAAUACAUGUAGUGUAUAUAUUACUUACUCGAAGGAAGAAGAAGCAAUUCGAUGCAUUCUAAAUGUGCAUGGAUUCGUUUUGGAGGGUAGACCUUUAAGGGCUUGUUUUGGAACCACUAAAUAUUGUCAUGCAUGGCUCAGAAACAUGCCUUGCAGCAAUCCAGAUUGUCUAUAUCUUCAUGAGAUUGGCUCUCAAGAGGAUAGUUUCACAAAAGAUGAAAUAAUUUCAGCAUACACUAGAAGUCAUGUUCAACAAAUUACUGGUGCUGCAAACAAUAUACAACGACAAGCAGGGAAUGUAUUGCCUCCUCCAUUGGAUGAUUGCAUGGAUAAUUCAUCAGGAAAACCAAUUGUGAAAAAUUCAUCAAGUACCUCUGUUAGCAUUGUAAGAAGUUCACCUCCUAAUGGAACUUCUGGGAGACCUAUAGCUCUUUCUGCGGUUGCAUGGGGUACACGGGCUACAAAUUGUCAGCCAGCUGCUGAUGGUUUAUUAUGUCCAAAUGGACUGUCCAGGCCUAAACCUGAUACAAUCAGCAGCAGCCUACCCUUUUCCUCUGCUGUUGCAUGCACAAUUCAGGCUUCAUUAAAUAGUGAUGUGACAAAGAGGCCACUGUUGAGUGAUGGGAGUCGUAGUAUGACACCUCAAGUAAAAAAUGAAUUAUUGAAACCUGUUGAACAAAAUAGAAGCAUGGAUAUCCUGGAUAGUGCUGGUGAAAGAACUUUGGUUUCUGAUGUUUCUCUUUCAGCUGUUAAAUUGAACAACCAGUUGUCUUCUCUACCAUUAGCCGGAGAUAGUGGUAGAGGCAGCUUUACUGCAACUAACACAACUAGUUCAAUUGACAUCACUCGACAACCAUUAAGCUUUGGUCCUGAGGAAGCAGUUAUAUCUACCUGUGAAGAGAUUGAGAAUUUGUCCUGCGAGUUUUCUUCUGUUUACAUUGAUAGAAAUGCCCAAAAUAAACACUACAGCCUAUCCAUACCUAGCAGCUCACCUGAUAAUGUGUUGGUUAAAUCUAUGCAAUCUCAAGAAUUGCAGUAUAAUACUGACAAAUUGAAAGAUUUAAUGAUUAAAAAUGCAGACAGUAAAGCUGCUGCAUUAUAUAAUGAGGUUUGUAAUUUAAAGGAACAGUGUGAUUUGUCAUUGGAUUCUCAAUCUCAAGUAGUAUCAGCUAAUACUGAAGUGGAAGAUGAUGUAACAACUUUUGAUAAUCAGAGACUUAAGGAUCCAGAAGUUAUUGGUUCUUAUUUGCCCGAGUCAGCCAGUUUCCUUCAUGUCUCAAAUCAUUCUAGUCCUCUUCUUCUGCAGUGUGGUGACCCAUGUAAUGUUGUAAAUGCUGGUUUUUUAGAUGCCAAUGAUAAAGUUGAGGAUAACUCACUAUUACAUGCACAUAACAUAUGCAAUGGAUAUUCUGAUGAGAUCAGUACCAGUUCUUAUUGGUUCCGCCAUGAUGCAAGCAAUGAGCACCACAUUGGAAGAUUAGUUAGUGAUGCAGUUAAUAUUGGAAGUGAUGCUGUUAUGGACAAGGGUGAGAGUAGUAUAAUUUCAAAUAUAUUAUCGAUGGAGUUUGAUGCCUGGGAUGACUCGCUGGCAUCACAUGAGAGUUUGACCAAGUUGUUGGGUGACAACACUGACAGCCAGAAUGGUCCGUUAAAAAAAUCUAGUUCUAGGAAAGUUCAAAGUAACAAUCAAUCAAGAUUUUCUUUUGCAUGGCAGGAGGAAUCCAAAUUCCAAGCCAAUGUACCUCCAUCUUCUGGUGCUACCCAGCCAUUUCCAAAGAAUGGCUCACUCAUCCAGGAUUUUGUGGAAAGAGACUUUUCUUUGAACAAGCUGGGUUUUGCAAAUGGCUUCCCCUCCAAUAACCUCAAGGAAUCUGGAAAUCUUGGCAGUGGUCAUUUCAUUGCUUCAAACAAUAAGCUUUCAGCUGUUUCAAGAGCACAAAUUUCAGCACCGCCAGGAUUCUCUGUUCCGAACAGGGCACCACCUCCUGGUUUCUCUUCAGUUGAGAGAAUGGGGCAGGCUUUUGACUCCCUCUCUGGGAAUUCAUUGCUGGACCCUUCUUUCUUACUGAGAAAUUCUUAUCAAACACCCUCAAAUGGAAAUAUUGGUGGUCCAGGUGACGUUGAAUUUAUGGAUCCUGCUAUUUUGGCAGUUAGUAAAGGCCCUGAACAGUUUAACUACUUUGAAAAUGAGGCCAGAGUUCAAUUAUUGAUGCAAAGAUCUCCCUCACCACAGCAAGACCUUCGAUUUUCUGAAAUUGGGAAUUCCUUUUCUCAGUUUGGUGAUUCUUAUGGCAUUUCUUCAAGGUUAAAUCAAUCACAAGUUAGUAAUCUGGCUUCAUUUCCUCAGUUAUCUCUGCAGCAGUCUAGAAAUGCAGUCUUGUCAAAUGGCCAAUUGGAUGGGCGGAAUGGAAAUGGUCUGGGUGUGGCAGAGCUUUUGAGAAAUGAAAGACUUGGAUUUAACAAGUUUUAUAGAGGAUAUGAUGAUUCAAAAUAUCGGAUGCCUAAUUCUAUGGAUGUGUUCAACAGGACAUUUGGGAUUUGAGAUUGUUGGGUAUAUUGGCCAUGGUAAAGCCAAGUCAGAAAUAAACAAACAGAAUUUUUCUGCAUUGCCAAAGGUGAUGGGGAUGGCUCAUGACAUAACCUGUCUAUUGGGCUACGAAAGGAUGAAACUCUCGCUUAUAGCUGCAGCUGGUUACUGUUCUUGAUUUGCAGAAGCAAGCUGCGUUGAGAUUUAAGAAAUCAAUCAUGGAUCGGAAAGUAUUUGGCAGGUAGAUCUUAGUUGAGUGGUUUCUCUUAGUACAGAACAUGGAAACCUGUUGAUCGAUCGACUAUCAAAUAAUCUCUCCUAUUUUGUUAAUGAUAUUUUUUCUUUUACCGAUAUUGUGGAUAUAGAUAGAGGUUUGAUUAUUUUUUAAUAUGUAUAUUUUGUAUGAAAUACGUCACUUUUUAAAGUUGGAAAUCCCUUCUGAUAUGUGUAUGAAAGAGAUCUUUUACUAAUGUUGGUUCUUUGUGCAUAAUUUUUAUAAUGCCGGUUAUAUUAUA